GUUUGAAUUGAGCGGUCUGCACGAAGAUAGUUUUGUAAAUAGUGUACAGUGUUUUGAUUUAACGGGCUGAAUACUUACCAAAGAAUUGAGCUGUAAUACUCGUCAGCCACACAUGGUGACAUUGUGUCUUUUGUACUCAUGUCGAAAGAGUUCUUGAAUACAACAAACAUUUCUGAUACCUUUGCUGGUGUUCCAAGAAAACAGAAAUUUGUAACAAAUCCAACACCUUCGGCCGUUACCAGAUAUGUAUGCAUUUCAAAAGAAGCAGAUGGUUCAUCCCAUUCUCAACCCUUGGCAUUCUGGGAGAGUGUGAGAAAUAAUGAUCCAGUAGUUACUCAGCAUGUGUGCUCUUUUGAAGAAUCGGGAAGUGAUGUUAGUUCAUCAGUCCUAUCCACCAAUGUGGUGCUGAAAAAACAUGUUGCAGUCAUUCCAGCAGAUGCAAUACCAGCAUUUCCUGGUUUUUGUUCUGCUGAGCGUCUUAAUCAGAAACGAUACAGCCAGCAUGAAAAUGUUUCUCACAAACAGCAUCCACCAGCGCACAUCAAGUCAUGCCGAGAACAGCAGAAAUCCACAAGGAUAACUCCACAGACAUGGCGUGAGCAGGUACAGAUCAUAAAGAAGGAAGAUGCUAUUGCUGCGGCAGGAGGAGUGAACAGCACUGUAACUGUCUCAGCUGUUAAGUUGAAAGACAAUGUAGGUUCAUCUGUCAUCACUAAGUCAGUCAUUUCUGAAGCAGAAGCUCAAAGUACUUUAACAGAAUGUAUCAGUGCUACUAAUCCAGGUGACAUAAUUAUUGAGAAAAAUAUUAUUACCAGUCAAAGAAAUGACAAAGAAUUCCAUGAAUUAGACCAUGGUGAUCUUGAUGUAAAUGAGCCAGAGGUUUUAAGUGCUGAUGGAAACAAUGCUGGAACUGAAAAAUUGGCCACUAAUAUUAAAGUGAAAAGUGUUGGCUCCAUGCAAAGAGCUUCAACUGAAGUCCAUGAUCUGAAAAAUGCAGAUUCUGAGAAAAAAUGCACUUCAGAUACUCCAAAAAGAAAGUUAUUUCAUAAUCGAAAUAAAACUAGGGAAUAUAUACUCCAACAGAAACAAAAACGAAAAGAAAGAUUUGCCACUGAACAAAGCAAAAAGAACAUGGAGGAUGAAAUGAAGAAAGUUAAGCUUCAAACGCUGAGGGAAAAAUCCCGAAGAAUUGUUAAAACAAAUGUUAAGAAAUCAUUAUCUAAAAAAAGAAGUCCAGAAAAAAUAAAUAAUUCGGGCCCAGAUACUACUAUUGACUGUAAUGGGAAAGAAGAUGACUUACAGACACCUGAUGUUGGUAUUACUAUGAAAAGUGUUACUCAGAAAUCAGUUUCAGUAACUAAAUAUAAAGUUACUGAGUCCAUACCCUCAAGAGAUCGUCUGUCAGCUGAACGUGAUAAUGACAUAGAUAUGGCACACAAUUCUUCUCUGCCUGACAGCAAUGGAGGAAAUUCCAACAAGAGUAGCAGUGUGGAUCGAGAAUUGGAAGGAGACCAGCAGAUAAGAAAUGAACUUGAUUUGAAGAUACGUGCAGUAGCAAAAGCACUCAGUGCAGAGCUAGAAUCCAACAUUUUGCAUUCUAGUUAUGACCUAACAGACAAGGUGACCGAUGAUAGGAACCAUCUGUCACUACAGCGUCCAUUGUAUAGACUUCGUGACACUGUAUCCUAUAGGCAGCCAGUUACUCAUAAUAUGGAAAAUAGCAGAGUGGUGAACACAGAAAGUGCAAUAAUAAAUAUCAGUGAUUCACCUCCAACCAAACUUAAACGCUAUGAUCAUAGAAAGCAAAUGAAGUCAUUGGAAAAGAAAAUGGAGUUAGCGAAUCACACAAUCAGUAUGCUCAGAGAAAACAAUAUUAUUAAAUCUGUUGAACGGUCUACCAGAGAACAGGCAGGAAGUGUCAAGGGACCUGAGAAAAUCCUAAAGGAAAACUCCAUUGAAUUGGAGAAAAAAUCUAGGCAAAAAACUGUGGACAGUCCACAGCAGUAUUUUUCCAAGAGAAGUGCUUUUCCUUUUUGUCCUGAGCAGCAUUCUGAAACAACUGAAAAAAGUAGAAAAUUGCUUAAGAAACGAAGAAUUGCUGUUCAAAAUCAGUCAGGUACUUCGACACGAACAGCGUUAAACCAUGUUCCACAAAUAAGCAUGAAAUACUCACCACCAACAUCACCUCAUAUUUCAGAAUCUGGUAUUAUUGGAAAGAGAGAGAAUGUACAACCCCAAGUGCGCAAACAUUUGGAUGAAGUAAUUAAUUUGAAUUGUCUACCCACAUCAUUCACCAACAAUUUGCAGACAGUAGAAAGAAAUAUUCAUGUUACUCCUGUGGAACAAAAAAAAGACCCAGAACGUAGGCAUGAACGUGUUAAAAAUAGACAAACUGCAGAUGAUGAUUAUAACAAAAGGUCAGAUAGAAAAUCACAGCUGCAGACUGAUAUGGUCACUACUCACUCAGAUCCAGUGAAAGAUUGUGAAAUUAAGGUACAAGCUAAUGAGAAAUUGAAGAAAUUGUUGAUGCAACAAGCAUUUGAAAAAGACCAAUAUGCAGCAAAUUCUCCAUUAACACGUGAUGUCACAACCAGAUCUUCAGGUGCUGCUGCGGAGCUAUUCAAGCGUGCUGUUGAACAUGAAAAAAGAGAGAGAGCUGCUACCCGAAUUCAAGCAUUGUAUCGUGGACAUAGCACUAGAAAAAUUACAGAUUCACUCUUGAUUGGUACCAAGUCAAAGAGUGAUGUCCAGCAAACACAGCUACAGGCAAGUGUCACAGACUUUCCUUAG